GAGAGUCUCUGCUUCCCCCUUCCUACCCGCUCCGCGGCGGUAGCUCAGGCUCUUCGGGGAGGGGGAGACAGAGAAAGAGAGAGACUGACUUAAUAAAGUUUCCUGAAACAACUACUACCAAAAAAGGCCCAAGGUGGGGGGGAACCCCCAUUCUUCCCCGCCCCUCUCCAAAAGCCUGAGGGACCGUUGCAGGUGGAGCGGCGCUUGGGGGGGAGCCGGGCUCCGGCGGCAGCCGUUGCCCCGGCGAGGGGCGCCCAGGUCCUGCCCGCUCCGGUUUCGGCUCCUUCGGUGGCGGCGGCGGCUUCUGCGGGGCGGUUCCUCCUGUCAACUGCCUGCGCCCGCGAGCCGCCCGCCCGCCCAGCUCCACAGCGCGGAAGGACGCCGUGAGCCGCCGCCGCCGUCGCCUCGGGCCGCGGAGGGACGUGGUGAGCUGUGGCGCUUCCGCGUCAGCGGCGGCGGGGACUCUUUGGGAGCGCGUCGGGCCCGAACCCCGGUCCCUUCGCGUGGUCUGCCGAGGCUGCGCCAGGUGGGGCCCGAAGCCGCCUCCCACGCCAGGCUGUCUCCGCGGCUGCCCGGCCUGCCUGCCUUCCUUCCGCCUGCCCGCCCUAGGAGUUAACCAAGCCGCAAUGAAGAGCUUCUUACAGUGAAAGGAAAGUAGGUCUCGCCCACUGAAAAUGCCUUUAAGGGACAAAUACUGUCAGACUGACCACCAUCAUCACGGAUGCUGUGAACCAGUUUAUAUCCUGGAACCUGGAGAUGCUCCUUUGUUACAGCAACCACUACAGACAUCCAAAUCUGGUAUUCAACAAAUAAUUGAGUGCUUUCGAUCAGGAACUAAACAACUUAAGCACAUUUUAUUAAAAGACGUGGACACUAUUUUUGAAUGUAAAUUAUGCCGCAGUCUCUUCAGAGGAUUACCAAAUUUAAUUACCCAUAAAAAAUUCUACUGCCCACCAAGUCUCCAGAUGGAUGACAACCUUCCUGAUGUAAAUGAUAAACAAAGCCAAGCCAUAAACGAUCUCCUAGAAGCCAUAUAUCCAAGUGUGGACAAGCGAGAAUAUAUUAUUAAGCUAGAACCCAUAGAAACUAAUCAAAAUGCAGUGUUUCAGUAUAUUUCAAGGACUGAUAAUCCUACUGAAGUCACAGAGUCAAGCAGUACUCCUGAACAGACCGAAGUUCAAAUACAGGAAACCAGCACUGAACAGUCUAAAACAGUACCAGUUACAGAUACAGAGGUGGAGACUGUAGAGCCCCCUCCUGUUGAGAUUGUUGCAGAUGAAGUUGCACCUACAUCUGAUGAGCAACCUCAGGAAUCACAGCCUGACUUGGAAACUUCUGACAAUUCUGAUUUUGGUCACCAGUUGAUAUGUUGUCUUUGUAGAAAAGAAUUCAAUUCCAGACGAGGUGUUCGUCGUCACAUUCGAAAAGUACACAAGAAAAAGAUGGAAGAACUAAAAAAGUACAUUGAAACACGAAAGAAUCCAAAUCAGUCCUCUAAAGGACGCAGUAAGAAUGUUCUAGUUCCAAUAAGUAGGAGUUGUCCAGUAUGUUGUAAAUCAUUUGCUACAAAAGCGAAUGUAAGGAGGCAUUUUGAUGAAGUUCAUAGAGGACUAAGGAGGGAUUCAAUUACUCCUGAUAUAGCAACAAAGCCUGGGCAACCUUUGUUCCUGGAUUCUGUUUCUCCUAAAAAAUCUUUUAAGACUCGAAAACAAAAGUCGUCUUCAAAGGCUGAAUACAAUUUAACUGCAUGCAAAUGCCUUCUUUGCAAGAGGAAAUAUAGUUCACAAAUAAUGCUUAAAAGACAUAUGCAAAUUGUCCACAAGAUAACUCUUUCUGGAACAAACUCUAAAAGAGAGAAAGGCCCUAAUAACACUGCCAGCAGUUCAGAAAUAAAAGUUAAAGUUGAACCAGCAGAUUCUGUAGAAUCUUCACCCCCUUCCAUUACCCAUUCUCCACAGAAUGAAUUAAAGGGAACAAAUCAUUCAAAUGAAAAAAAGAACACACCGGCAGCACAGAAAAAUAAAGUUAAACAAGACUCUGAAAGCCCUAAAUCAACUAGUCCGUCUGCUGCAGGUGGCCAGCAAAAAACCAGGAAACCAAAACUUUCAGCUGGCUUUGACUUUAAGCAACUUUACUGUAAACUUUGUAAACGUCAGUUUACUUCCAAACAGAACUUGACUAAACACAUUGAGUUGCACACAGAUGGGAAUAACAUUUAUGUUAAAUUCUACAAGUGUCCUCUUUGCACUUAUGAAACUCGUCGGAAGCGUGAUGUGAUACGACAUAUAACUGUGGUUCAUAAAAAGUCAUCCCGCUAUCUUGGGAAAAUAACAGCCAGUUUAGAGAUCAGAGCUAUAAAGAAACCCAUUGAUUUUGUUCUAAAUAAAGUGGCAAAAAGAGGCCCUUCGAGGGAUGAGGCAAAACAUAGCGAUUCAAAACAUGAUGGCACUUCUAACUCUCCUAGUAAAAAGUAUGAAGUAGCUGACGUUGGUAUUGAAGUAAAAGUCACAAAAAACUUUUCUCUUCACAGAUGCAAUAAAUGUGGAAAGGCAUUUGCCAAAAAGACUUAUCUUGAACAUCAUAAGAAAACUCAUAAGGCAAAUGCUUCCAAUUCACCUGAAGGAAACAAAACCAAAGGCCGAAGUACAAGAUCUAAGGCUCUUGUCUGAUAACUUCAAGUGAUGUACGAAAAGGUUUGGAGUUCAUUUUUGUGGAAAGACUUUAAAUUGGUGUUAGAACCACUAAACGUCUUCAAAUGGUACUAUGAGAAAAAAAAGGAAAAACAAUUUCAUAAAUAUUCGACUGUAACUGCUGUUUUCUGACUAAAAUAAUAACCAUCUAACCACUUGUUUCUAAGGCACUGCCUCUCCCAGCACUUUCAAGUAGCUGUGACAUUACCUAUUGUCAUCACAGUCCAUCAGCUAACCACCCUUGACCUUGUGCAUUUGGUCUACAGUUUCUACAAAAACGUUGCAAAGUUUGUUUUCCAAACAAUUUGUUGAUUAAAGCGAUCAACAACCUGAAGAAUAUAUAUCACCACUGGUGAUUUUUAAUUGACAAAAAGACUAUAUCUUAGUGAUUUUAGUUUUGUUUCACUUUAUUUGGCAAAAUUUUCAUCUGGAUUGUACAGAUAUAUUUACUAGUGAGUGUAUGUUAGGACCAAAAGAGAAAUUAGUAUCAACAUAUUAUAAAUAUUUAGCGUACUAAAUAUUUGUAAUUAUUCUUACAUUCAUUUAUUUCUAACUUGUUCUCCAGCACUUAAAUGUUUGAAAGUUUCAUUCUAAAAUAUAUACUACAGGAAAGUUCCAGUUCAUUUUCAUCCAUGGAUCAUUACCCUUUUUAUUUGUAAACAUCUGAGGUUUUUAUAAAAAUUAAACAUUCCCCUUUUUUUCUUUAAAUUUUAUACAAAGCACUUUAAUAAUAGAUGCAACUUAAUUUUUCAGUUUCUUUUUUUUUUAAGACUUCACAUUUACUAAUGUUAAUAUGAAGGUAGUAAAUAGCUUACUGAUAUUUUGUGGAUGCAGACAAUCCAUGCACAACGACUUCUUAUGAUAUUAGUUUAUUUCUUUAAAUAUUGCUAAAAAAGGAAGAUGGGAGUGAAACCCUGAAUUUUUUCUCCCAAGUAAAAUCUUAAAUGACUACUUUAGAUGAUAUUUGAUUCCUACUGUAAAAUUUGGAAAAUAAUGAAUUCUUGUCCAUUUUUGUAAUCAAGAUUUUAGGAAAACCAGAAGUACAUCUAUCUUUAUGAAAUAUUGGGCAGGUUUUUGUGUAUCAAUAUUUUGUACUUUUUAGGGAAUAUUUUAUUUUUUAGUAAUUUUUGUCAAAUUAUAAUUUUAAAAGGUACAGCAGAGAAUAUACCAUGUUUUUAUAUAGGUUCACACCUGUACUUAGGAGGGACCCUGUCCAUCUAUAUACUUUUUGUAUAAAAUUUUAAAAUGUUGAAGAUCACAAGGUCAUAAUAAAAUGCUUCUAUAGCUAGAAAAACAUUUACCCUUCCCAGUGCUUUGCACUAAAAUAUACUGUGAAAGGAAAGUAGAAAGACUGUAACUGUUGCUGGAAAUGUUCUAUAUUGAAUGUACAUGCUCUUGUUGGAAAAAUGUACUAUAUGUGAUGGAAAUAAACCAGACUCAAAGUUAUUUCAGCUAAAUGUGCUUCAACAAAGGUGCAUUGGUUGAAACUUAAAUGUUUUAUCAAAUUUAAGUUUAUUCAGUGACUAUGAGCAGCUACACUUGAAUUUUACCGAUAGUUUUAUUUUUAAGAAUUAGAGUGAUAAUUUCUUUUUAAUUUAAAAACAGAUUUACAUUUCCACAUAUGGAAAACUUGUACUUAUAGAUCUAACUUUAAUGAUUAAUAGCAUAAUAUAUUUAGGGAACUAAAUGUGUAGGUGGUAUUUCAUUUAUAAACCAUCUUCAUUAGUUGCACAUUAUUAAAUCUGUAUGUUUGACUUUUGCAAGGUGUUAUCUUUUAUGCAUUCUUACACACAAGACAUAUUCCAAAGAUAUUUUCCAGACUUAAGUGCCUACAACCAGUGAAAAGAUAUGAGUAUUCCUAAAAAGCUGGGGGUGGCUCUUUGCUGUAGCCUCUCAUCUGCAUGUCAGCCUCUUGCUCUCUACUUUACUUUUUUAAAUACUGUAGGGAAAAAAGAAAAAUAGCCUGAUGUGGGUGGAGGGGAGCCUAAUUGCUGGAGUUCCUUUACUGUAGCUCACGUAUUUCCACAGUACCAUUCACGGUUUGUCUCCUCCGUCAUAACUCUAGGGCCACAGAGCGGGAAUUUAGAAGGUGGAAUUGAGGAUUCCAAGGACUGUCAAAAGGUUUCAUAUGGGUCAUAGAGGAAAGAAUAGCACUAUGUCAGGAUGUGUCUGUCUAAUUUAGAAUUGCCUGGAGAGAGUAGGAAUAUUUUAUCAUAGUAGACAAAUUAAUGGAUUAUGGCAGACAAGAGUUAGAGGCUAAACCAGGACAAGUUUAGAAAGGUAGGAUGAACAAGUAAAAAGUUACUAGAAAUUCUUUGUUCUUCCUAUUUGUUUCUGGUCUUCAUCCUUACUUUUUGGUUUUUAUUUUGACUCAUGAGCUCUGUCUUCUCAGAGGGCUUAGGCCUGAGGCUCUUAAGGAGAACAGUCCUAGGAAAUUUGUGGCAGAAGCUUUUCUGGGUGCAGGCUAUAUGAGCACAUAUUUAUAGCACUUUUUGUUGUGGGGACAAGUAGGUAGGCAGAGAGCCAUCAGAAACUGCUUAUUUUAUAUUAAAACCUAUUUCGAGCUACAAAUUAUAUCUACCUUUGUUGUUAUUUGAUCAAUUAAGUUUUCCUAUAGAAUUCAACUCAUCUUGUUUCCUGAGAAACCUUCCACACCUAAGUGCAGUGGAAGAGGAGAAACAAUAAGAAGUAAUGGCUUGCAUUUCAACUUCCUAAGUUUGGAUAGUGCACGGCAGAGCUGCAUGGCUGACACCGGUCAAGUGUUCAUUAGAACUUACAGAUACACCUUGAAUUCAUAAUAACCUUUUUUGUUGUUUUGUUCAUGUCUCUCUUUUUCCCCUCUUCCCUCCCUGCUUCAGGAAGAAAAGUUUCUUCUUGAAGAAUAUAUGUAUUCUUGCAGAAUAUAUAAAUUACCCAUCCUUAAUUUUUGGCCUACUUUUGUGGAUAGGAGCUAAAUUUUUGGUCGACACAGAUUGCUGGUAUUAUUGAAAAGUACCCUUUUUUUUAGGAAUAUGUAAUAUUGCUUUAUGAUCUAUAGGCUGUUCUACCCAGUUUGCUUCAAAGAGCUUAUGGAUGCAGUAGCAGGGAAUUUUGUGGUUUUGCUAUGGUUUUAGACUGUGGGUAUGGACAGAGGAGUUUCUCAACAGGUGUUAUGGCAAGAAGGUAUGGAGGUAGAGAGAGGCACGAGUGGGUAUCAUUUCCUGUUGUGAAGUUGCAAAAGAUCUUUUCAAAUAACAUGACCACUGAAAAAUGCUUCUUAAACUUUAGAAAUUAGAUUUCCAGGUUUCCUGGAAAUAUUCUAGGUCCUUAUUUAGGAGUUUUAGAAGCUACCUUUUUAAUGGAAUCUGAAGAUUACUAGGAUUAUGAUUUAGCUGUGGCCCUCAUAGUUGAUCAGAAGCCGAGCUCUAAGAUAGGUGCAGUACGAUGCUGGCUCUUCUGUUGGACAAAAGCCUUCUGUACCCUGUGCUGUUUUUCCCUCCUCUGACUUUAAAAAGCUCGCAGAAACCUCAGGAUUGGAAAGGAGUAAGGAUCAGCAGUCUUAAGAAUGGCUCUACUUGUUUAGUUUCUAAGACAUUAGGCGCAUGAUAGAAUGCUACUCACCUGCAGUUAUUUUGGCUUUUCUAAUUUUGAACUUCAUUCCUCCUCUCUCUUAGAGUUUGUUUCUGUACCAUUUUACCUUGAGUUCUCUUCUGAAUUUCUGGCUCUUUCCUUUUUUCUCUUCUGGUUAAUUAACAGAGAUCAUUAGUACCAAGAUAGCCAAAAUGUUUUUUGAGAAGGUAAGAGGGUAGAAAGUCAGCUCAUUUCCUCCUGAAUCUUUAUCACUCUAAAUUCUAUUUGUGGGGUUUAUUUCUUUUUGAACUGCUUCUUCUGCAUGUAUUCACUACUACCACACCACAAGCAGAGGGGAACUUAAUGACAACCAUAGUUGUGUCUGGUGGGGAAAAUGCCCAAAGUUGGAGGUUUUGCUCUUUGUGUCCACUCAGAGUUAAUUUGCUUGAUUGUGUAUAUUUGAAGUCAGGGACUGUGUCUUGAUAAUUUUGUUUAGUGACUAGCACAUUUUCAUGUAUACCCAGGCACUUCAAAUAAAAACUUGAUAUUAAAGUAAGUGAUAGCCUUUUCCCUCUUAAAAUUGUGCUGUCAUAUACUUUGAGACUUUGGAUCUUAAUUUCAUAAACUUUUAUUACCUCCAUGUUGAUUUUACUUACUUUAGAAAACGCUAUCAGUACUAAAAUGAGAGUUUGUCAUAAUAAACAGAACUCUUAGUAUUAGAUAGUAGUAAUGAACAUUCAUGGAGUGCUUACUAUAUCCCAAGCACUCUCCUAAUCCUUUCUAUGCAUAAUGCCCCUCAUCUACCGAGAUCUAC